AUGGCGGAGGAUGAAGCCAGCAAGAGGAACACCGUGAAGGACUGCCCCACAAAAUGUCCACUACCAAAGCAGUCGUGGAUUAUUUACGUGAUGCGAAACCCAAAGAAUGUUGCUGUGUCAUUUUAUCACUUCUCCAAAAUCCUCUCUGACGUGGAAACGCCUCAGAACUUCGAUCAUUUCUUGGAGGACUUCUUACAUGGAAAUGUGCUCGGUUCAUCCUGGUUCGACCACAUCAGAGCUUGGCAACAGGAGAAGGACAACUACAACAUCCUGAUGUUGAGCUAUGAGGACAUGGUGUUGGAUCUGGAAGCAGCUGUGAGGAAGAUCUGCAAGUUUCUGGGGAGGAACCUGAGUGAUGCUCAGAUCCACUGUCGCUGUCCACUGUCAACCUGA